AUGUUGGCAAACAAAAAUGAUAUUUGAAAUAAUUAUUUCAAAUGUUAAUAUUGGCAUCACUGGUUAUUUUCGCAACUUGUGAAACUUGUGAAGAUUCAUAUUUGUGUUUACAUAUGGCACAAUGGAUUUUAUUUGCUAGGAAGCUGAAGAGUUCGAAUAUGUGCGAUGAAAAUUUUCAUGUGUAAUUUUUACUGGCAUUGUUGUUUCUUAGUAGUGUUUAAUUUAUGAAUUACUGAUUAUUUUUUUUGAAAUCAUGGCAGAAGACUUAAGUCCUGAACAAACAGAGAAGAUAGUUCAAUUCCAGGACCUGACGGGCAUAGAGGACAUGACGGUGUGCCGAGACGUGCUGCAGCGGCACGCCUGGGACCUGGAGGUGGCCGUGCAGGAGCAGCUGAACCUGCGCGAGGGCCGGCCGUCCGUGUACCGGCCCGACUCGGCGCCCCUGGCCCUCGUCGACGACCGCGCCGCCCAGCACACGUACUUCGCCCCCCCGCCCUCGGGCUACAGCUACCCGCGCGACGGCCUGCUCGGCUUCGUCAAGUACGUGCUGGGGCUGGUGGUGCGCGUGGCCUACAACGCCGUGUCGGGGGUGCUGUCCUCCGUGUGCCGGCUCUUCCUCCCGGACCCCAGGACCUAUGUUUCAGACCCGCUGGGGGACGUGAUGGGCUUCAUCGCGAUGUACGAGGAGAGGUACGGCGCACGCCACCCGGUGUUCUACCAGGGCACGUACAGCCAGGCGCUGAGCGACGCCAAGCAGGAGCUGCGCUUCCUGCUCGUGUACCUGCACUGCGACGACCACCAGGACACGGACAAGUUCUGCAGGGUAACAUUAACUUCAACUGACGUGAUCGAGUACAUCAACACGAACAUGCUGUUCUGGGCAUGCUCCGUCACCACGCCGGAGGGAUACCGGGUGUCUCAGGCGCUGCGGGAAAAUGCAUACCCCUUCCUCGCAGUCAUUGUGCUGAGAGACAACAGGAUGACUGUUGUUGGGAGGUUAGAAGGAUCGCUGGAGCCCCGUGGCUUGCUGGACCACCUGCAGAGAAUCGUGGCAGACAACGAGGCUUCGCUCGUGGCUGCCCGGGCUGACAGGGUGGAGCGCUCCUUCAACCAGACCCUGAGGCAGCAGCAGGACGAGGCCUACCUGGAGUCCCUGCAGGCCGACCAGGAGAAGGAGCGCCGCCGCACCGAGGAGCGCGAGAGGAGGGAGGGGGAGGAGCGGCUGCGGCAGGAGGAGGAGCGCGCUGAGCAGGACCGCAAGGAGGAAAUACACAAACAGAAAGUGGAAUAUUUGACGCGUAUCCCAGAAGAACCAUCCCCAAAUGACGCUAAUGCUGUGCACAUUGUUAUAAAACUACCAAAUGGUUUGCGACUCGAGCGGAGAUUUUUGCAAACUGAUUCGCUUGAGGCCUUGUACUACUAUGUGUUCUGUCACCCGGAGUCUCCAGAUGUGUUUGAGAUAGUAACGAGCUUCCCAAAAAAGGUUCUGCCGUGUUUGCCAUCGAACGACGACGACCACGUUCAGACACUGUCCGAGGCCGGUCUCAAGCGGAGAGAAGUGCUCUUUGUGUACGACCUUGAGGCGUGAUAAAUCGUCACGUGUGUUGGAGUUCUCAUGAUUUCGUUAUGGUUGAAUUAUUUUUAAAUUGUGCCGGUUCAAGUGUGAUCACAUUGAUAACAUUGAAAAGUUGAUAUUUUUUUCUCUUUGGGUGUAGAAGGACAAAAUACAUUAUCUGUAUAUAAUACAGUUUUCUGUGAUUAUUGCUUGAUUUUUAAUUUAAAAUUUUGUAAGUAAUUUAUAUGUUGGUUACAAAGCUGCAGUUGGUUUGAGUAUUUUUAGUGCUGGCAGCAAUAUGUACUUGUACAUAUAUUUUUUUUUUUUAGUUAUUAUAUUAGAGGAAUUAAUGUUAAAAGAACCAGCCAACUUGUUAUCCUAUUGUUUGGAAGAUUUUCCUCAUGUCUUAAGUUCUGCUUUGCCACUGACUAUCUUGUGUGUGAAGAAAAGAUUAUUUGUUGCUGUUUGUGGAAUGUACCUGGCUGUAGCUCAUGGUAUUGUUUUUUUUCGUUUAAUAUUGAUAUUGGUUGUACUUUAAUCAUUUCUUUAUGUUUGUAUGUCUGCAUUUCUCACCGAUAUCUAAUUGCUCAAAUGACAUAUGUAUCAGCUAAAUGUGACAACUGUUUGAAUACAAGUUAUCAUCCAUUGUAUAGUCUUGACUGAAAACAUACUUGUCAUUAGUACGAAUUUUGAAUCUUAUAUUGGUUUUCUGUGUUAGUUGUAUAGUUUAUAUUGAAUGUUAAGCAUUACAUUUCUAAGGAAAGUACACCAGGCAUUUAGUAAUUUUUAUGGACAACACAUUGUAAAGAAAAUGCAAAUUACUUGUGUGUUGCUACUUGUGAAGAAAGGCAAGCGAUCGGACACUUUUGAACAAUGGAUCAUGUAUUAUGUAUUGUUGAUUUAACAUAAGACAAAAAUAGUGUGUUUUGGCUUUUGCAUUUUUGAUGACUUGUUUCUCACAGUAUUGACAUGUCAUUUAAAAUUUCUUAUAAUAAACUUAACAAAACACUUAAA